AUGUCCUCUUCACUGACUUAUCAACGAAAACAAGCGUUUAUUAUUGGCAUCAAUGAUUAUGUUUCCAGUCCAUUAGCUUGCUGCAUCAAUGAUGCUGAAAUAUUGAAAAAUACUCUUGAAAGUAUUGAAUUUACUGUAAAAAUGCAAACCAAUCCUAAUCUCAAAGUAUUUCAUCAGACUUUUAAUGAAUUUGUUGCUGGAAUUCAGCCUACUGAUUGCAUACUGUUUUAUUUUGCUGGCCAUUCGAAACCAUAUGAGCGUGAAAAUUAUUUACUAAUGUCGGGUCACAUUUAUGAUACAAAUAAACCUGAAAGUAGUAACAUGAUGGACAAUACUGUUUCAAUAGGACAUAUCAUGAAAGUAUUAGUUAACAAAAAGCCCAGUGCUACAAUAUGUAUAUUUGAUUGUUGGCGGACGUGUACGAAUCAUAAAGAGCUCAACGCUCAACCAAGUUUACUCUCUGUGAGAGCACCAACGAAAACACUGGUAGCAUAUUCAAACUGCAUACGGCCAGGGGCAUGUAGUGAAACAGGAAAUGGUGAACACGGUUAUUUGAUGGAAAAUUUGUUAAAAUACAUAAAAAAUCCUAAUAUUGACAUGGAAGCGUUGUUGAGAAAGGUCGGCCGUGAUAUCCAUACUCAAACCAACGGUUCAAGAGUACUAUAUCAAAAUAGCAGUCUCAAUCAGAAGAUCUUUUUGGUGUCAACGAAUGUUCAAAAUACAAAUGGAAAUUCAGUGGAUAAUUCUCCAUCGACUCAUAUAUCUAUUGGUUUGAAUAGAACAAGUCCAAGUUGUCCAAAAGAGCAAGUUCAAACACGAAGCGAAGGUAUUGUACGAGCGACCAGUACAGAUGCUGCCGAAACAAAAUCGUCCCUUCAGCCUUGCGGGUGUUCUCAACAAAAACUAACGGCUGCUUCAAUUUUAGAUGACGGAACAAGCGCAUCAGGAGCAGGAAAACACACAUCUAAACCAAUGAGUAAAACUGAUGGAGUAAUCAAAUUAGCAGGCAAACCUCAUAAAGUUGCACCGGAAUUGCAAAGUACACCUUUGAGACCUCCAGAAAUAUCAUUGCCUUUAUCUGAUGCAUACCACCUACCAAUUAAAGAACGAAGAGUAAAACCAUAUCCAAGUAAAAUAUUUGCCGAUCAUGCAUCGAUUCCGUUUGACUUGCAAACUCUAUUCGGACAUCUCAUGCAUGGUCUUUCACCAAUGAACAAAGAGGGCCCGAUGAGUGGCAAAUGUAUUCAUGAAACUGAUCAGAUGAAAGAUUUUCUUACACGAAAUUUUGGUUUUCACAAUAUUGUUGGUAAGUGUAUUGUGCAAGGUGUUCAAGCAUUCAAUUUGGAUACACUUCCGUCAACUAUGGAUCCCAACAGAAUAAUUUACUUUCCACGUGAAGGUUCUUCUGCGUUUACUAUGACUGUUUCUGAAAUUCAGCGUUGGCAAAACUCUUUCACUGUUUAUGCUGAUCGAGAGAUUCCAGGACUGGAAAAAUCCUUUAUUCAGCGAGCUCUUGAAGGUAAAAGUAUGAAUGGUCGUGAAGCUUUUCAUAUGAAAUUUGUCGUACGUGUUUCCGAUUGUCCUGUUAUGAUGAAGUUCGAUGCAAAAGUUUUGCCGCGUUCGCUCUACGACGACUGGCCAAAUCGUAUCAAACUCAUUUCGGUGACAGGCGUUGAUUUUGCCGGGCGAGUACAUGAUGUUGAUGAUAUUCUAGUUUAUAUCACUAAUUGGAGAAACGUCUUUGAGCUUGAUCAAGUAACAGGCAAAAUGGCAGUAUUUGAUGGCAGAGAUUUUCAUCCAGUGAAAAAUCAUCCACCUGUGCUACUUAGCGAAAAUCUUCUGCUUGUCCAUCUUAAACGUAUGGCAAAAUUCAGAUUACGAGUGUGUGAUCGAGAAAAAGUACAAAUCGUAGUUGAGACAGGCAUUGGUCUUGGCAUUUUUUCUGGCAAACACAUUGGAAUCGAUAGUCAAGUACGAAGAUUGGCUGCUCAUGCCAUGCGAUGCGUCAUAAAAGAAGAAGGUGCUACAUACACACAUAUUCGUGCUAUUGUGUUUGCUUUACCAAUCUUCUCCAAAAAGAUUGGUGACUAUCAAAUACCCGAUGUCUAUCAUGAUUUUGUCAACGAAUUUCAUAAGAGCAAAUAUCAUGGACCUAUACCUGUGCUUAUCGUUGAUCAUGAUAUGCAUGAAUUAGCUGUAGCAAUAGCUUGUCGUGGUUUUCGUGUUUCUGAACUCAACCCAGCAGAUUCGCAUGGUGUCUUUGGUGAGUACUGGCAAAAUUAUGGGCCUGCAGUGGAAGAGAAGCUCGCUCUAACAACACUGGGUCUACUUGUUCAACAUCAUUUGAUUAAUCGUUCGGUUCUCGACGACAGUCGUUAUCACAUUAUAUAA